CCGCUGGGGGAAUGGCGCGCGCAUUUUGAAAGCCGGGCGGGUUCCAGGCGCUUCGGGAGCAGACGUUGUGCAGGGCCAGCGAGACGCCCAAGGGAUUGUGGGGUCUUGUCGGCGGCCCCUGGGGACCAGAGUUUGAGGCAGCCUUGGCCUGGACCUCCCGUGGGCCGCGGGCUCCUCCUCCACCUGCAGCGUGGCCGCCGCGGCCGGGACCUAGAGUGAUUAUUACAAUGGACGAAAUCAAUAAUUUUAAGACACCAAGCAAAUUAUCUGAAAAAAGAAAAUCUGGUAAGAUAGUGUUAUGUUCAACUCCAUGUAUAAAAAUUCCUGCCUCUCCGUUUAUGCAGAAGCUUGGCUAUGGCACAGGGGUAAAUGUCUACCUAAUGAAAAGAUCUCCAAGAGGCUUGUCUCAUUCUCCUUGGGCUGUGAAAAAGAUUAAUUCUAAAUGUAAUGGUGAUUAUCAAAGUAUGUAUCAAAAGAGAUUAACUGAUGAAGCUAAGAUUUUGAAAAGCCUUAAUCAUCCAAAUAUUAUAGGUUAUCGUGCUUUCACUGAAGCCAAUGAUGGGAGUCUGUGUCUUGCUAUGGAAUAUGGGGGUGAAAAGUCUCUAAAUGACUUAAUCGAAGAACAAAAUAAAGACAGCCACAGUCCUUUUCCAGCAGCCACAAUUUUAAAAGUUGCUUUGAACAUGGCAAGAGGGUUAAAGUAUUUGCACCAAGAUAAGAAGUUGCUUCAUGGAGACAUAAAGUCUUCAAAUGUUGUAAUUAAAGGUGAUUUUGAAACAAUUAAAAUCUGUGAUGUAGGAGUCUCUCUACCAUUGGAUGAAAAUAUGACAGUAACUGACCCUGAAGCCUGUUACAUUGGCACUGAGCCUUGGAAACCCAAGGAAGCUUUGGAGGAGAAUGGUAUUAUUACGGACAAAGCAGACAUAUUUGCCUUUGGCCUUACCCUGUGGGAAAUGAUGACUUUAAGUAUUCCACACAUUACUCUUUCAGAUGAUGACGACUAUGAUGAAGAUAAAACUUUUGAUGAAAGUGACUUCGAUGAUGAAGCAUACUAUGCAGCUUUGGGAACGAGGCCACCUCUUAAUAUGGAAGAGCUGGAUGAGACAUACCAGAAAGUAAUCGAGCUCUUCUCUGUGUGCACGAAUGAAGAUCCUAAAGACCGUCCUUCUGCUGCGCACAUUGUUGAGGCUUUGGAAGUAUUUGUCCAGUGAUCUCAUAUUCAUAACACCUGAGCUUCAAGUAUGGCUCAUGCAUAUAACUGUUCUCUUUACUGUAAUACAUUUAUGUUGUUACUGUGAUAACCCAUAAUUAUUAGACUAUUUAAAUUUUAGAACCAUAGCACCUUAUUAACAUAUGAAAAACUUUUUCUAUUAUAAAGGUAUUUCAUGUAUACUUACCAGCAUUUAAUAUCGUAGUGGGUUUUCUAUAAAACUUAAAUAUUUAGGCGUAAGGAACAAGUAUUGAAAUUUGUUCAUAGAGAUUUAAAACACUAGCAAAAUGUCAAACUCUUAUGUCUAACAUUUGGGUAGGGGGACCAACACUUUUACUAAUUAUCUUUCUUGCAUAUUCUCUACUUAAAUGGAUCUAUUUAAAUUAGCUCUUUGAAGUACGAAAGAAGUCUACAUUUGAUUAUCUUUUAAAACAUAAAAGCUGGUCUUUCUUGGCUGUUGUGCUUAUUAAAUAUGUUCAUUGGAAGCCGAGAGAAUAUGGCUCAGAGUAGCUCCUUGGGUAUUUCCAAACUUACAGUUAAGGCUUGUCUUGUCCUCUUGGUUCUUCUCAGAUCUUUGGUUUUUGCUUUCACUUAUUUAAUGUAUUUCUGUACUGAGGUCCCUUUUUAUUUUUUAAUUACUAAUCUAGCUCUUAAGCAUUUUACAGUUUGGGUGUAAAAACAAUAAAACUAAUAAGAUGAUAUAGAAUAAAAGACACUUAAGUUACCAGAAGAUGUGUUAUCUAUUUUAUACUCCUGUUGAUCUGAGUGUUAUUAAAGUUGCAAAUGAAUGUGAGUAGA